AUGACAUUUGUAAAGGGAGUUGUUUACGAUCCACAGAGAGCAAAGGAGUCUGUCAUGCAGACAAAGGAUACUCUGAUGCAGCUUGAGGAGACUUUGAAGGCUGAUGAUAUCCCAAAGGAAAAGACUGAGGAGGUCUUCAAGCAAUACCAACAGUUGCCAAUCACUUUCCAAAUCAACUGGGCCGUCGCUGGUGAGGACGCCAACGAGAACCAAAAGAGAGCUGACUUCUGCAGAGACAGACUGAUCGAGUUGAACCAUCAGCAUCACUUCACUCAGAACAAGAUCCCAAGAGCCUUCAACGCUGACAACUAUUAA